AUGCCUUCCCACCAUAUCUUCUCCAUACCUCAAGAGCUCCAGGAUAUGAUCUUCGAGUGCGCAUACUCAAGAUCAGGCCCAUACCGCGAGCUCGCCCACAUGCCUUCACAACGACUCGACUAUGCUACCUUCAGAUUCAUCCCACGCACCCACAAGAUCGACUCCUUCCUCAUCAGCAAGCGCUGGUUCCUCGCCGCAGCUCGCGCAUACGUUGAAAGGCAGACAGUCCCCAUGAGUAUCGAUAGCCGGUCACACCUUUUCAACACCAGAGUUCUGUACGCAUUCGCCACUACAGUGUCUGCAUACCCGGCAGACCUCCUGCGCGCUAAACAGGGUCAGCUACCGAGAUUAAGGCGGAUGCAGUUCAUACCUUAUGUGGGGAAUCGACCCGGGCCGAGCGAGGAUGGACAUUUGAUGACGGACGAGGAGCUUCGAGGGUUGGAGUUGUUUCGUGGUCUGAGACGGUGGCAGAAUGAGUUCCCGGGCAUAGCGUUCGAGGUGAAGGAAGGGCCGCCAUCGGAGUCUCCGUGGGAAAGGAUGGAGGCGCUGAGCAUGGAGGAGGUUGAGAGGCUUAUGGGACUGGUGCAGGGCGAGGCCAAGCGUGCUGAGGCCGGGCGGGGUCAGAUGCUGCAUUAUAUCAACAGCAUGCUGUCAGGCAUCUCGUGGAGGAAGAGCAAGGGAAACAUGCGGCUGUAUGCUCGCUCGCGUGUACGGACUGAUGGCUCUAGCUUGAUCCAGAAAGACUCGGAAGAGAUGCUCGAAGACUGUCUACGAUUUUUGAUGAGAGCACAAUCAUCUCUGCGGAGGAGGUGGCAUAUGCGAGUUCACCAGGCAAUUCAGUGGCAGAUCUGGCUUGUAUACCGAUUAAGUGGCAAGCGGGGCUCUUUUGCGUUGAAAGCCGUAAUGAUGGUCAUGUGGACUGUGGCGAUCUAUAAGCUUGUGCACGACGUCCGAGGCUGGGUGGGUAUAGUAGACAGGCUGAUGAUGCUCCUUGCGAAGAUUGUGGUAGGCAUGGUAGUCUCGAGGGUUUCUAGAAUGUUGAUCAGAAGAUUCUCCAACGACUGGUGA